UAGACUACUAGCUGGAAAUUCAGAACCUGUUUAGGUGUUGUUGGAGAGACAUUUUACUAGUUUAAAGUCAACACCUUGAGCGACAUUUGGAAUUAACUUGAAUAUUUGAAUUAAUUUAUCUAGCUUAGAAUAUUAUUUUACAACUAAAAAGAACUCCCUCUCAAGAAAAUGAGAAUGAAAAAAGAAUGCAGCUCGUUGUAGGGCUUCUGUUUGUCGGAGUUCAUCUCGUCUGUGCUGGAACACACUCUCUGAGAUACUUCUACACUGGUGUGUCUGGAGUCAGUAACCUCCCAGAGCUCACAGUGGUAGGUCUGGUAGAUGAUCAGCAGUUUAUUUACUUUGACAGCAACACAAAUAGAACUGUGCCGAAGACAGAGUGGAUCAAACAGAAUGAAGGAGCAGAUUACUGGGACAGUGAGACUCAGACUGAUAAUGUCUACCAUCAGAACUUCAAAAUCAACAUCCAAGUAGCAAAGGAACGCUUCAACAAGACAACAGGUGUGCACACAUUCCAGCAAAUGUACGGCUGUGAGUUUGAUGAUCAGACUGGAGAAACAAAUGGGUUCCAGCAGUUUGGUUAUGAUGGAGAGGACUUUCUGUAUCUGGAUCUGAAGGAGAUGAGAUGGAUUUCUCCAGUGCAGCAAAGAAUCAUCACUGCACAGAAGUGGAACAAGGACACAACUCUUCUUGAGAGAGACAAACAUUACUUCAGCUCUGAGUGCAUUGAGUGGUUGCAGAAGUAUCUGGAGUAUGGAAAGAGCAGCCUGAAGAAAACAGUCUCUCCUCAGGUGUCUCUGCUGCAGAGGUCUUCCUCAUCUCAAGUCACGUGUCAUGCUACAGGUUUUUACCCCAGUGGAGAAACAAUCUCCUGGAUGAAGAAUGGACAAGAUCAUGAUGAGGAUGUGGAUCUUGGUGAACUUCUUCCCAAUGAGGACGGGACCUUUCAGAGAUCGAGUGAACUCAAAGUUACUCCUGAAGAGCUGAAGAACAACAAGUUCAUCUGUGUGGUUGAGCACCAGGGCAAAACCAUUACAGCGAAGGAGAUCAGGACUAACCCGGGAGAUUCUCUUCCCAUCGGCAUCAUCAUUGGUGUUGUUUCUGCUGUUCUUCUGUUGAUUGUGACUGCUGUUGCUGGGUAUAAGGUCUAUCAGAAAAGAACAGGCUUCAGACCUGUCAACACAUCUGCUGAUGGUUCUAACAGCUCAACUCAUUCAAUUGAUUCAGUUUAUUCAGUUCAUUCAGAUGAUCAGCUCAUUUAAAAAUAAAAAGAUGUGACAAGAUGAGUGCGAGAGAUGAAGUUUUAAAAGAUGCCUGUUCUGCUGUCCGUCUUGCUCACAACACAAACACACACUUCCUCUCACACACAGGAUAAGAUAUUUCAGUGAUGGGAUCGGUCUAUAUUAUUAUAUUAUAUUAUAUUAUUACACGGCUCUGUUGAAUACUUGAUUCUGAUUGGUCAGCAGUGACAUUCUCUGGAUUGUUAUCCCUGGUUAACAACCUGUAAAAUCUGAUAACACAGGCUCAUCCAGGUAACAACAGUCGGCGCUGUACUCUUGUAGGAACUCUUUUCUUUUUUGGUGGAAGCUUUGUGUUUGUUUAGCUAAUAAAAUAUUAAAACUUGAUUCAGAAUGGUGUAAAAAUUUUAUGUCAUCCCGGUAUCGCGCACUCACUCUCGUUUCAUACACACCCAGCUGUUGCCAUUUUGCUACGAUUGUUUAGUACGCUGUAAUGGAUUAUAAGAGAACUAACAAACUGGUAAGGUUUUAAAACAUUUUCAUCUUAAUUCUUUUAUUGCCUUAAUUAUUUUGUGGUGAAAUGUUGUGUAGUUCGUGGUUUGCCGGCACCGUUUCCCUUAAAUGUCUGUUUAGUUUGAAUUUGCCGCUUGUUCACAACUGCUGUCUUCACAGAAGCUUUGUGUUCAAAUAUUUCAACUCAAAUCAGUAUUUUGCUUGAAAGAGUUGUGACACAGACUCUUUGAGGUAUCAAAAGUACACCGUUCAUGAAAGCAAAGAGGCUUUCCAACUAAUGUAAAUCAAUAAUUACAUUACUGAGUGCUUGCAGUAUUCUGUUUUGACACACGGCUUCCUCCAAGAGUGAAUUGUUGAACUGGGAUAUUCCAUCAACAAACUUAAACAGUUUCUAGGCUUCAUAUUUUAUUUCUUGGAUGGGAUUUUGGGCUUUUUCUGUUUAUUUCUUUUUUGUUGUUGUUGUUUUACAUAAUUUAGAUAAGUUGUAUAAUAUUAUUGAUAAAUAUUGAUUCUUGUAAUGAUUAAGAUAUUAUACUGUUAAACUUUUACAUCUGUACUGUACUGUAAAUAUAGAUAUUUUCCAUUAUUUGAGGUUUAAAUCGAAAUUUUUACAUUUUUUAUAUAUUGGUUGCUUUAAAAACAUUGUAAACUUAUUUUGAUUCUUUACAAAUAAAUAAACUUCACAAAAAAGG